AUGACUCAAGAUUUCAUGAAGCUUGACCAUUUUGAUGGAGGAAAUUUCCGACGCUGGCAAAAGAAGAUGCACUUUUUGCUCACCACUCUCAAAGUGGUCUAUGUGCUAACUACCCUAUAUCCAACGAAGCAAGAAGAUGAGACUGUGGAGCAAACCCGUGCCAGAACCAAAUGGGAGAAUGACAACUACAUUUGCCGAGGACACAUUCUGAAUACGCUGUCAGACUCUCUAUUCGAUGUGUAUCAACAUCUAGAAAUGGAAAAACAACUCUUGGACUUAUUACAGUCAAAGUAUCUCACCAAGGACGCCACCAGUAACAAAUUUCUUGUUAGUAAUUUUAUGUGUUUUGCAAUGAUUGAUAUAAAGCCCAUUAUGGAUCAAUUCCAUGAAAUCCAACAUAUUCUGAGUCAAUUUCGACAAAAGAAUAUGAACAUGGAUGAAUCUAUUGUAGUUUCAUCAGUAAUAGAGAAACUGUCAUCUUCUUGGAAGGAUUUUAAGAAAACUCUGAAACACAAAAAGGAAAAUCUUACUUUAAAGGAAUUGGCUCAACACCUCCGAGUUGAGGAAGAGUCAAGGUUACUUGAAAGUAAAGAUAACCAAUUGCCUUAG